AUGCGGCUCACAAGCAACGACGCCGACUCGACACUCUCUGUCUCUCCUGACGCCCUGCCCGAGGCCGGGCCCUCGACGCCUGCACUCUCGAACGGGCACAAUGGUGUGUUCAAGGGGAACGGUUUCACUGCGCCAUUCAUGAAUGGGAAUGGCAAGGCCCCGCUGACGGACGGACACAGGGCAGAGAAGCACCCACAGUCGGUGGCACGGGUGUCACUGCCCGGCACUACCCUCUACGACGACUCGCAUGUAGACAGAGAGGAGUUUGUGCGGCUAGUCAUUCAAAGUUUGCGUGAUGUGGGAUACAUCGAGUCUGCUGCAACUCUGGAGGCGGAGUCAGGCUACACGAUGGAGACCUCAGACGUCUCCCGAUUUCGACAAUGUAUAUUGGAGGGUGACUGGGAUAGCGCAGAGGACACUCUGUUGAGACUAGGGCUUUCGGAGGAGGAGGGGCUUUGGGAAGCGAAAUUCCUUAUCAGUCAGCAGAAAUACCUAGAGCUCCUCGAAGCUCGAGAGACAGCGUCGGCAUUGCACAUACUACGGAAUGAGCUCGCACCUUCAAGUCCUGACCCGGAGCAGCUACACGCGCUUGCGAGGCGCAAUGUCUCGUUCCCGCGGGUGACGACUGCGAUCCUUCAGGUACACAAUGAUGAGGUUUGGAAUCUCCAAUGGAGUCAUAGUGGCGGCUAUCUUGCCACGGCGAGCAGAGACAAGUCAGCAAUCAUAUGGCGAAUAGGUUCAGAUGCAGACCCGUCGACGAGAGAAUACCACGCGCAAUUUAUCCUACGCGACCACAAAUACCCCGUCGGCUGUGUAGCGUGGUCGCUAGACGACUCGGUAUUGCUCACCGCGUCGGAAAAUUACAUACACAUGUGGAAUACCAGGACCGGUGCACUCAUACGGGUGCUGGAUGCCCACUUUGACGUCGUAACCGCGCUGGCAUGGUUGCCAGACGGCUCUGGAUUCAUCUCCGGCGGACUUGACAGGAGGAUAAUUCUUUGGGAUAUCGACGGAAAGCAGCGGGACACCUGGGGCCGGACGCCGAUACGGGUGACGGACCUUGCUAUCACACCAGACUUCAGCAAGCUCGUCGCCAUUGGCAUGUACGAUACACCAUUGCCGCUACCACCAGCGGGUGGCGUAGCUCCGACGUCGGAUGGCGCCAGUGGUGGAACUGCGACGCCUCCGGCGGGAUCAACUGCGCCUACACCAGCGAAUCGGCCAACAGAGAACCGGAUCAUCGUGUACGACCUAUUGACAAAACAGCUGGAGACGUCGGUGAAGAUGGAGGGAGAGCUGACGAGCGUCAAGGUGUCGCAGAACUCGCGGUAUGUGUUGAUAAACCGCGCACUGGACUCGCUUGGUCUGCAUGCCAUCAGCACCGGCAGGACGGUGCGCAAGUACACAGGCCACAGGCAGUCCCGCCAUGUUAUACGGAGCGGAUUUGGUGGUGUGGACGGGAAUUUCAUCAUUUCCGGGAGCGAAGACGGCAACGUAUACAUCUGGCAUCGCGGCUCUGGAACGCUGCUCGAGACACUUCCAGGGCACGGAAACGGCAGCGUCAAUUCGGUUGCGUGGAACCCGGCAAAUCCAAGGAUGUUCGCGACCUGCUCGGACGACCACACGAUCCGUAUAUGGGAGGCGAACCCGGUGUGGACGGUAGGUUCUAGUGCGCUCGCGGAAGUUUCGGAUAGUCUCGAGCGCGACGGCGGUGGGAAGGGCAAAGGAAAGGGCAGAGAAUGGGUCGGGGAUGGCCUAGGUGGGGCAUCAGGAUUCGGCAUCGCAGGAACGUCGCGCUCCUUGUAG